ACUCUACCACGUCAUUUAUUCACCCUCUCUUAUUCCUACUUUAUAUAUGCGUUUCGACCUAGACAGCAGCUCACCUAUGGUGAAAAUUCAGCUUUAUCUAAACGUUCCCGAGUCACUGCCUGGUUGAAAAUUGUAUGUUACUACCGAACAUGAGUACUGAAGCAGUUUUUCUGAAACCGCGUGCACCAUUCAAACUGGCUACCUUCAACGUUCGCACACUUAUGCAGGUCGGACAACAGAUAGGACUGGCUAUGUCUUUGGAAAGUCUUAAUAUUGAUGUGUGUUGUCUAUCCGAGACCCGUAUUCAAGACUCUGGUGAAGUACUACAAGUUCGCUCUUCAUCUGUCACUUCAAAAAGCUUGUUUUAUGUGCGUUUAUCCGGGGACCCUGUGGCAUCUUCGUCUGGUCUUGCUGGCGUUGGUGUCGCACUAAGCGCUAGAGCUGAGGCAGCACUAGUCGACUGGAUCCCCAUUAACAGUCGGUUAUGUGCCGUUAGAUUAGAAAGUUCCAUCAAAGUGAGAAGAAAUCGGCGUGAGAAACGAUGUCUUUUCGUCAUCUCCGCCUAUGCCCCGACAGAUUGCAGCCCGGAUGCAAUCAAGGAUGAGUUCUACCAUCAGCUAACUGUUCUUCUCCAGAAAGUGCGUUCGACAGAUAUUGUAGUACUAGCUGGAGACUUGAAUGCUCAGGUCGGGCGUCUAGGCACAGAAGAGAGUCGUUUAGGUGGCCGAUGGGGACUCGUUGGUCGCAGGAAAGAUAACGGGGAACGUCUACUGCAACUAUGCACAGACCACAACCUGUUUCUGGCUAGCACUAACUUUCGGCACAGUCAUCGCCGAUGUGCCACCUGGCGUCCCCCUUCUGCAUCUCAAGCCUGGACUCAGAUUGAUCACAUCGCGAUCAGCUACCGCUGGCGCGGUUGUGUACAAGACUGCCGCUCCUUUUGGAGUACCUAUCUGGAAUCUGAUCAUGCUCUGGUCUGCGCCAAUCUUACCUUACUUUUCAGUGGACAACGAAGUGACCGUCAGCAAAGGAUUGAUGUUAGCAAGCUGGCUGCAACUUCUGUUGCUAGUAAGUACCGAACCGAGCUAGCUUCUAGGCUAGAUACCAUUCCACCGAAAAGUAUAGAUCAGCAUUGGUUGCAAUUGCAUGACGCCAUGAAAAUGGCGGGUACAGUCUGUUGUGGGUUUGCGAAACGUCCCGCUUACAAGCACUGGGUUUCUUCUGGUUCCUUACAACUGAUUGAAGCCCGUCGGUCUACUCCGGGUGACCGUGAGUUUGACCACAAACGAAGGAUGUUACGUAAUGAAAUUGGGCAAAGCUUGCGUAAGGACCGAGAAGCCUGGUGGUCGGAGCGUGCCAGUGAGUUGGAAGCAGCAGCUGCAUCUGGUAAUUACCGGAAGCUCUUCCAGCUCAUCCGAGCCACUGGCAGCAAGAAGUUUGGUGUGAGCGAAACAAUCUGCGAGGAUGACGGAACGCCAAUCACUAACAUCCAUCGACGUCUUGGACGAUGGGCAGAAUUCUUUGAAGGGCAGUUCAACUGGCCUGCUGCUCCGGCAACAUCGGUCAGACUGUCCUGCCCUCCAUGGCCGGUGACGACUGAUCCACCAAAUGAGGCGGAAGUCCUCAAGGAACUCCAACUCUUGAAACGUUACAAAUCACCGGGCACAGACGACUCACCUCCGGCUCUUUUCAAAGAUGGUGGUGACUUUUUGACUAAGGAACUGACGACGUUGUUUACAAAGGUCUGGAAACUAGAGAGUGUACCAACGUCAUGGAAUGAGUCGAUAGUUGUCCCUAUCUUUAAAAAGGGUUCACGUCGUUCCUGUAACAACUAUCGGGGGAUAAGUCUACUUCCGAUUGCGUCCAAGCUAUUGGCUUCCGUCAUACUUCGUAGGUUGUUCAGGACCCGAGAAGGAUUGACUCGCGAGGAGCAGGCUGGGUUUCGUUCUGGUCGAGGAUGUAUUGAUCAUAUCUUCACCCUCCGCCAAGUGUUAGAACACCGCCAUACUUAUCAAAGGCCAACAAUCGUAGUGUUUCUUGAUAUCAGGGCUGCCUUCGAUUCGUUGGACAGAACUGUUCUCUGGGAUUGUCUAUUGAAGAAGGGUGUGCCUGAGAAGUUUAUUAACAUCCUAAAAGCCCUAUACACAAUUUCCAGCAAACGAGUACCCAACAGGACAAAACGUGUAUCCUAAAUCCAGCAACUAAACAUUUAUCGGAUAUAUUAUUAAAAAUGUCUGUUUUAGAGAUUUUUGUUAUGUAUAAGCAAGAUUUUCGCAUUACAUUGCUAGUGAAAAUAAUAAAAGUUUAGGAGAAGUAACAGUAUUCACGAAAAUGCAGUCAACUUUGUUAGGUUUUUAUAUUACAAUAAUUAUGACAUAAUGAGCAAAGAGUUAAGUCUAACAAUCAAGUUUUAAUUUAUUGGUGGCAGAGUGACCCAUAAAGUGGAUAUCAUUCAAUCAUUUACGAUACCUAAUCGCGUUUACUUUUUCGUUAAUAAUUUGUGUAUGAGCAUGUCAUUUUAUUUUAAAGAAACCAUUCUUCUAGGUAAUAUUCUUGUUUUUAGUAUCAGUUCAUUCAAUUGUUUUGAGUCAACAAACUUGUUCCGUAAGUAGCCAUAAACAGACCUUUUUGUAUUACUGCUACGUUUGGAGAGAUUAUGAUAUCACCUAAACAGGCUAAUAGAAAGAAAGUCAGUAACACAACAACAGGACAGGCUACACUACUCACUGCACUCCAGCCCUGUUAAAUAGAGGGAGAAGACUAGAUUCAGCCGAAGAAAAUGUAUAUUCUUCAAGAGGUCGGAAGCACGAACGAACAAGCAUACAAACGAAACGUAUGCACACAGCACAAAAAUGACCUUGAAACACGUUACAAAAUAGCGUAUUGAAAGAGAAAACAAACCAAGAACAGUUAAGGCCCUUCCAAGUAGGUGCUUUUGAAGCGGAAAUGAGAAAUCCAAAUACUCGAAAUAAAAUAAGACGUUUACCAAGUGAUUUCUGGGGAUCUAGCAUCCACAACAAAUACUGCAUUUAUCUAUCGGUCCAAAUUCGUUUCAUUUAUUUUGACAAUCAUAAACCCGUUAAUUAAAUCUGUUGGGGAGAUCCAAAAAAUUACUCGAAAAAAGUCCAAUGGGGCCCUGUAAACACUGGGGAACAUCUUGUCCAAUCAGCAUUGAAAAGAAGUGUCCCAGAGAAGUGGAGAGUCACGUGUCACAUUUCCGAUUGGAUGAUUACCUAUCCUGCUACUAUGUUUAAUAGCGUUCC